UUGGGUACAAAAAUCUUAUAAUACAAUGGGAAUAACGGUUGAGUCGGACACAAAGAUGGCGGCAGGCGUCACGGAAGUGACGUCUUUGGUACCCAUGAAUUCGUUCGUGCAAUUGGCUGUCAACAGUCAAUGCUGCCGAUUGGCGGCUCACUGGCAUGUCCCGCCUCCUGCCAUGGCAUGUACUUCCUGACUGAUGCCACAUGCCAGUUAAAUAUCUAUUCCCUACUGCAUUCUCGAAGCUUAAACCGUGUACGUUGAGCGGAAUACAUUACAUGGUGUCAGAAAACUGCACAAAAAUGGCUUUGUCGCAGUUCGAACACCCCAAGAUCGAUUGGGACGCCUCUGAUUUAUAUCAAGAGUUUGAAAGAUUCCGUAGUCACGUCACGUUCGUCUUUGAUGGUCCCCUCUCCGACCUAGUGGCUAAGCGACAGGCAGGCUGGCUAGGUACAUGGAUCGGAGAAAAGGGCAGAGAAGUCUACAAGGCGCUAGUCUGGGGAGAAGGAGAAAAGGAAGAUCCGGCUAAGGUAUUGGAUAAAUUUGCCAAUUAUAUCAGACCAAGAAAAAACAAAAGGAUAGCCAGGCACCGUUUCAAACAAAGAAAACAGGGGCCAACCGAAAGUUUCGAUAAGUUCCUGAAAGAUUUGAGGCUCAUUCUGAUGAACUGUGAGUACACUGACCCCGAUGACAUGCUAAUCGACGCCAUUAUCGCGGGAGUGAGAGAUAAACGAGUCAAAGAGCGGCUGCUCGAAAGAGGCGAGGACCUCACGUUAAACAAGGCCAUAGGAAUAACUCAGCAGUUUGAAGCUUCACAAAAACAGACGAAAAUCGUCAGAGAUGAGGAUUCACAAAUAUCAGCAGUGUCUGUUAAACCGAAGCACUUCCUACCAGUGACUUUUCAGCUUCGCAGCCAAAUACCCAGACCCAGACCUUUCAUUAUGUCAGGUACAUGCUUUGAGUUUACCUCAGAGGAAGAACUCGGAGGAGGCACAGACAACUGCAAGUACUGCAGAAAAGUUGUCAUGUGCACAGCAGAGCACAUGCGGUUUCGGCAUUUAAAAAAUGCCAUAUAUUUUGAAUCCAGUGGCAGGAUCAAAUUCACCAUUCCCUGUUUUUGUGGAAGUGGAGGGGGGGAGAUGAAAAGGUGCCAUUGGCACUGUCCCAGGUGUCAGAAUGUCCUGACGCGUGCCCAGAACUUUAAGAAGCACCUUUCAAAUCAUGGUCUUAAAGUCACAGAAAAGCAGGAACAUAAAGAUAUGUCCUGUCAUGAACCUUCUGUGGAGGUCCAGAAGUUGGCAUGUGAGGUGUCUAUCUGUAGGGUCUUUAUGAAGGUAGAGGCAGAGAGUGGAAUUCCCGGGACCACCUAAUUAGGACGAAUCAGGGUGUGUGUUACUCUGCACCCCCACCUCUGAUGGCUGCCUCU